CCUAGGUUCAUGCGGAGCAGCUGUAAAGUUUUCCGAGCUAAGGGGAGUCACUUUUACAGCGUGUGUGGGGGUGGCGGGGAGAGAGGUUGGGGUAUCAGAAGCAACAGGGUCUGUCUGCCUCGGAGCUGCGGUGGCGGCUCUGUUGCGCUGAGCACUUACAGGCUGUAUAAUUAACCGGGAAGGCAGUGAAUUAAAUCUUUGUAAAGCCCACCGAGUGGGGGGUUCCUGCAAGCUCUUUUCCAACCGGUCUCAGGCGGCUGGGAUAACAUCAGAAACAGCAGCAGCAAGCCAAAAAAAAAAAAAAAAAAAAAAAAAAGGGGGGAGCCCGCUGGACGCCGCAGGAGAGCCAAGCCCCCGCUCGGUGCGAGUGCUCCCGCCGGCGGGGAGCUGCGGGCGGCCGAUGGACGAGCUCCGCGGGGCCCGGCCGCUGCGGCUGCUCCUGCUCCUGGCGCUGGUGCCUUCGCUCCGGGGCCAAGAUCUUUCUAUGGAAGAAUGCUGUGACAAGGGUAUCGAAUGGGCAAAUAAAAACAGAAUAUGUACUUCUCUGCCAUUAAUAUCCGAGUCCAGAGAAUGCAGCAUGACUCAGGUACAGUGCUGCCACAGCCAGCUGGAGAAGCAGUACUGUUCAGAUGGGAUUGAAUUUGCCAAUGUUCGUGAGGAGUGUGACUCACAUCUUGGUGAAAAUUCCACUUGUGAAGAUGAAUACUUCAAGACAUGUUGUCACUGUUGUUUGUUGGGAAAGGCUGCCCAAAUUCAAGGACAGAGUUGUGAACCCAACCCGAAGAUAGGAUACCAGUGUGGAAUUGUCUUCCGAGCUUGCUGUGUGAAGGGUCAAGAAGGCAUUGAUAUGUCCAUCAGUGAUGAUGCUCCUAAAAAGGAGCAAGUUGAAAUUUCAAAGGAGGAACUAGACCAAGAAGAUCCUUAUCUGCAUGAUGGCUGCAGAGGUGGUGGUCCCUGCUCUCAGCAGUGCAGAGACACAGGAUCCAGUUAUGUCUGCUCCUGCUUUGUUGGGUAUCAGCUUCAGCCAGAUGGUGUCAACUGUGAAGAUAUUAAUGAGUGUAUCACUGGGACGCACAGCUGUGGGAUUGGACAAACCUGUGUCAAUACAUUAGGAUCCUUUCGCUGUCAGCGGGACACGAGCUGUGGAACUGGUUAUGAACUAACAGAUGACAGUCGUUGCAAAGAUAUUGACGAAUGUGAGACUGGUACUCAUAACUGCCCCCCCGAUUUUAUCUGUCAGAAUACUCCAGGAUCUUUCCGUUGCCGACCCAAGCUACAGUGCAUGAAUGGGUUUAUACAAGAUGCGCUAGGCAACUGUAUUGAUAUCAACGAAUGCCUGAGCACCAACAUGCCAUGCCCAGCCGGGCAGAUAUGUAUUAACACUGAUGGCUCGUAUACCUGCCAGCGUAUCUCACCCAGCUGUGGCCGAGGUUAUCAUCUCAACGAAGAUGGAACAAGAUGCGUAGAUGUGGAUGAGUGCUCAUCCUCUAAUCAGCCUUGUGGAGAAGGACAUGUUUGUAUAAAUGCCCCAGGCAAUUACCGUUGUGAGUGCAAAUCUGGCUAUUCUUUUGAUGUCAUCAGUAGGACUUGUAUUGAUAUCAAUGAAUGCAGACGCUAUCCAGGCCGCCUUUGUGCUCACAAGUGUGAGAAUACUCCUGGUUCCUAUUACUGCACUUGUACCAUGGGAUUCAAACUUUCAACUGAUGGCAGGUCAUGUGAAGAUUUAAAUGAGUGUGAGAGCAGCCCCUGUAGUCAAGAGUGUGCCAAUGUGUAUGGCUCCUAUCAGUGUUACUGCCGCCGUGGCUUUCAACUCAGUGACAUAGAUGGGAUUUCAUGUGAAGAUAUUGAUGAAUGUGCUUUACCUACUGGAGGGCAUAUCUGUUCCUUUCGAUGUAUUAAUAUUCCUGGGAGUUUUCAAUGUACUUGUCCCUCCACUGGUUACAGGUUGGCACCCAAUGCACGCAACUGCCAAGAUAUUGAUGAGUGUGUUGCAGAAAGCCACAACUGCUCUUUCAAUGAGACCUGCUUUAACAUCCAGGGGGGCUUUCGCUGUCUGUCUUUGGAAUGUCCAGAAAAUUACCGCAAGUCAGGAGAUACUGUCAGACUUGAAAAGACAGAUACUAUCCGCUGCAUUAAAUCUUGUCGACCAAAUGAUGUCAACUGUGUGUUGGAUCCAGUCCACACAAUUUCCCACACUGUCAUUUCACUGCCCACGUUCAGAGAAUUUACACGACCUGAAGAGAUUAUUUUUCUUCGUGCCAUCACACCUACAUAUCCGGCCAACCAGGCAGAUAUCAUAUUUGACAUAACAGAAGGAAAUUUAAGAGAUUCCUUUGAUAUCAUCAAGCGUUACAUGGAUGGUAUGACAGUGGGUGUAGUUCGCCAGGUGAGGCCCAUUGUUGGACCUUUCCAUGCCAUCCUGAAACUGGAGAUGAACUACGUCAUGGGUGGAGUGGUAUCUCAUCGUAACAUCGUCAAUGUUCACAUCUUUGUCUCCGAGUACUGGUUCUGAGAGAGCGUUUAAAAUCCCACACAGGCAAGCCACUCCGACCUAAAUCAUUACCACAAACUAUUACAUCAUAUACUUGUUUGUAAAACCCAAUAGUGUUUUUGUUUGUUUGUUUUAUUUUUAAAUAUUUGGUUUAUAGUUUAAGACAAAUAACAAGCUAUUAUGUUGAUUAGACAUAGGGUGGAGAAAAUUAAGUGAGACUGAUGUAGUUGUCUGUAUAAAUAAGUAGUGUGUAAAAGUGUUCAGCUGCCUAGUGAAACUUAAAACUUUUCUAAAUGUUUAGGCAGAUCUUAACUAUUGCUCCUUGGCCAGAUAACCAGAGCAACUGAGGAUGUGGAACAACUUACAUGUCAGAGUUCAUUGGGAUAAUUAUACGGUAUCUUUGGAUGGAGAAGUUUGGUACCUCAAUAUUAACUACCUUGAAGGAGUCAGAUUGUCAGAAAGUGCUAAAUAUUCACUUUUGGGCCCCAGUAGAAUAACUCUGAUUAGACACCCACAAUUGCUAAUAGUUUCUGAAAAGUUUAGCCUAGAUAUUUAAAAAGCACCAUUCAGCUACGGCUACAAGAGGAAGUGCAGAAGGAAUUAGAAAUAGUAGGAGACUAACAAGCUAUUGCACAUAUUAAAAAAAUACUCCUUUUUUUGUACUUAUUAUUUGAUUGUAAGAUUAUGUUUGAUUCUAAUUAAACAAAUACCUCUCAUUGAAAUUAACCUGUUACAAGGAUAAGGCAUAUUGCUUAAAUGCCAAUCUCAUCUGUACUCAACAAUACAUGGGAAACUCAGACCUCUGUCUCCUGUCUGUUAUAGAGCAAAGCUCCAUACCUUUCUAAAAUUGGUAAUAAAAUUAACAUGUUAAACUGUACACUUCUUAUGCACCAAACCAAAUAUAAUGAAACUCUCACAAAUAAAUGAAUGUUUAAUGUAUUUUCUGGCCAUCAAAGUAACGUAUCUUUUUUAUUACAGAACAAAAAAUAAAUAGUUCCAUGUUUCAGUUUGUUAUGUUUGUUAAGAUAUGAGGAAAUAAAAUCAGAUGGGAAAUACUCAGAAGUACGGUAUUGUUUCUGCUUAUCAGAAAAAUGAUAUAUCUCCUGAAAGUAAGUUAAUUACAUGUAUAUAUACACAUUCCCCACUCAAAAAACAGUCUGCUAUUUCGUCAGACAUUAUUGGUGCUGGGCAUUUGUCUCUUCCUUUUAUACAAAAGCCCCUGAAGCUUAAGGGCAUCUUUCCAUUGACCUGAAUGAUCUUUGAAUAAGAAUAAUAAAUAUUGUCCUCUGUGAUCAAUUGCAAAUGAAAGACCAUAGCAACUCCACUGUGUACAUACAGAAGUCUUCAUUCCAUUUUCUGUGGCAGUGAAGCUUCUCUGCCAGCAGCAUUCUCACUCCUUAAAUUAAGAUUUUAUGAUAACACAUUCUCAUAAAUAAAAUUUGAUUAAAGGAUACCCUCUUGAUGGUAUUUGUUCCCCCACACACUUACAGAGCAUCCCAACCCCAUACAUAGCCUGGUUUUCAGGAUGCUAUCAGCUUAAAAUGUGUUCGGUGUUGUCAGUGGCUACCUCUAAAGUCCUUAUGAUUUCAAUAAAUACUUACAUAUUUCUGUAGUAAAUUGAUGUGAUAUUUGUAGCAGGUGACCUUCAUCAUUCAAGUAACUGAUGGAGAUUUUGGAAAGCACCAGAUUACAAGAGGUACUGUUGACUUCAGGGAUUACUAGCCUAUGUAAUUCUCAUUUAGACUGGAAAGUAAAAUUUUUUCUUAUACUAACAGAGUUCAAGAAAAGGAGGAUGAAAGACUCUCCUGAUAUCAUCAAGUUCUUUUUCUUGCCAGUGUAGGAAAAGUAAGUAGCCUUAGUACCAAAAAUACAAAAACUGUUUCCACCUGAUUUUCUAGAUUGUAAAUUUUGAUCCUUUAUUUCCUCUGUAAGUGGUAUUUAGUUACAGUGAAAAGAACUUUGGGACAGCAGAAAUCUGAUUUUAGGAUCAAACUGCUGAACAAACUAAUUUACAAACUUCUCCUUUCUGUAAAGAAGGCAGACGCCACCACAGAAAUACACCUCUCCCUUUCUUCUGUCUGCAUUUCUGAGUAAAAAUAGGAUAGAAGAAGGAUUACCACUACUUUCUGGAAAACUGUUUUCCUACAUUGUCCCAAAUAAUCUUUGAAAAUUGCAAGCAGCUUUUUAAAAAUUCCUGAUGUCAUAUGAGAACGUUGAUCCAGUAGAUUAUUUUAUGUUUUGUAUAUAAUGAGUGCUUCGUGCCAUUGUCACUGUGAUGUAUCUUAACUUUUAAUAGAUCAGCAUAGAAAAACAAGAUGAUUUGGUAAUGAUAGGAAAGAUUAAAUAUUUCUCUCAUCCGAACCUGUGACAAUAAAGUUUCAUUUGUUGAAAAGGGG